AUGAGAUCAAAAGGUAGCAAAUCAGAGAGGAAGAAGAAGAUGAACCACCAGCGGCAGCGCAUGGCGGAGGAUGGUGGCGGAGAGGCAAUAGUUUGCAAUGGAAAGUCUUGCCAGUCAUGCACGGCGGGAAUGAUUGCUGACUGCAUUGCUGUCUGCUGCUGCCCCUGCGUGGUGGUGAAUAUCUUGGCUUUUGCGUUCCUAAAGCUGCCGUGGAUGGUGGCACGGAAAUACUUGGGAUUAGGGAAGAAGAGAGAAUGUGAGAUGAUUUACGGCCAUAAUGGGAGGGAGACGUAUGAAACUUGGGAGAAAGGAACGGGAGAUGAAGGGUCAUUAAAAAUAGUGGGGGAAGAAGAGACAAUGAACAGGGCGUUUGAGGAAGAAGAGGUUUGGUUAGAGUUGUACAAGGUUGGUCACCUCGGUUUUGGCAGAGUUUCUUUUACCGGAAUUCCUUCUCAAACCAAGAUGGAAAGUGCUACAUGUACAAUUGGGAUUGACAACCAUACACAUGAGAGGGGGGCCCACGAUGAAUAA